CAGCAGACGACGCCAGUUGCGCUUCUGGCCCAAGACUGUUAGGGAAGCAGGACGGAUACGUUGGAUGGGAUUUGAUCCCCGAACCUCUACUCCUUCACAUCUGUUCUUUCCUGGGCUCUGCAGACAAACUCAGGGUAUGCGCAGUGUGUUUCCGAUGGAGAAACGUAGUCACCGCGAUAGCCGGGCUCUGGGCGACAUUUGACUUCACCCAUGACAUAUUUGGCAUGGCGAAGUAUGACAGUUAUUUCGAGGCGUGCAUGAAAAUGUACGGCAACCAUGUCAGGACAGUCAGAAUGAGCACAGCUCCAGCAGUCGCGGUACAACUACUACAGCUAUGCGCUCAGAACUGCCCUGCGAUAGAAGAAGUAUGCAUCGCCUUCGACGUUUCCUUGAGAAGACGAUAUGACUACAUGGCAGCUGUUGUCCACAAGUUCUUCCGCGCAAUUGCAAGAAUUAGCACCUUGCGAAGAGUGCGCAUGCCCGGCCUGGCCGAGUGGGUAGAGUCAUACCCGAACGCCCAAUCAGCGCCGCGGAGAGAAAGUUUUGAACUUCGAUGUGCAAACAUCACAGCGAUAGACCUGCGGCGAUUCACCUGCAAGCGGGUCCCCCUGCGCUUCUCCGGGUGUCCAAACCUGAGACGCCUCGCUGUCAGCUACCACAACAUGGACGAGGAAGGUCUGAGGGACCUGUACAAAUGUUCGCUGGAGAAAAUAUCAGUAGAGGUUGAUGUUAUUGACGAACUGAUGGCCACCGCCUGGAGAUAUCUCAAACAUGCGCACCACGGGUUACAUUGGCACAUGAUGUUCCCCCGUGACGCAGGCGCGUUCUGGUUCCCGGAUGUGGCGGUGAACUCUGUGACGUGCGAGGGUGGGAUAGGGGUUAUGCACGUUCUGUUCAUGGUCAACAGGAAACAGAUUCCUCUGGAGCAGCUGGUUUGUCCUGGAAGUGGCAGGAAGAACCCGAAGCUGGAGGGACUACAGAGAAACAUGCUGCGUGUGCUGUGUGCGGUGCGGCCGUGUGUGCGCCUGCGCUGUCUGCUGUACGGUGAUGACAUCUUAGUGUCUACUCUACUGGCGAUAGCAGACAUGUACCGCGACUUGGACAAGCUCUACAUACGAAGGGGUGCGGUUGUCUUCAGAAAUGACCCAGACAUCUCUGAAGUUCCCGGUUUCCCAGCAGCCAUCUUGAACAUGAUCCGGACAACCGAAAUCACGUCCAUGGACGACCUGGAACACCGAGUGAGCCGCCUCAUGGGCAGGCGCUGGGUAACAGUUCCCGAUGGAUGCUGGGAAGAAACUGUGCGAGUUGUCGGAGAUCCAUUGUAAUAGUAUUGAGACGGUCGUUGCAUGUCUGUUUUUAGUUUUGUUUGCGAGGUUGCCAUAUAUAUUACGUGUACUAGUAGAUUCGUGGACUGGAUACAUAGCAAAAAGGCGGCUCAUUGUUAACUCAUUCAGACUUUACUAGCUACAAUGUCUUUGUGAGUGACCAGAAAAAUUGCAUGUGUAUUACUACAGAUGAUCUUACUGAUAAACUAGUACUACUGGCCAUAUAACCAAAUUUUAAGGUUUAAGAGUGUAUCCCUCUGCUGGAUUAUAACCAUUACCUCCAUGAAAAUGGUGCAGGCCUCAGACAGUACGUGAUGAACAUAUUCUCCAAGUCAUAUUGCAUCAGCCAGUCCUUUCAUAAAGACUACGUAUGCAUACCUCCUCCACAUCAUUAACGCAGGGCGAGCCAUGCUCUUUGACAGCUGUGCGCGGCAGUGUCAAGAAAAACCGGAAGCAGAUAAGUUCAACGACCUCACAUAUUCAGGAAAAAUCUGUCUACCAACUGGUUAAGGUUAGAGUCAACUUGUGUUCCCUACGUCAGUGGCCACUGUUUCAUCCCCCUCCAUGACAACCAUUAUUAGAGAUAUGCUUUUGAUACACAGUAAUGAAAUGUCAAGCCAUAAAAGAAUUCCUCAUAGCAACUACCAAUCCUUUUUAAUUACAGUUUACCGCACGGUAUGUCUAACGUUACAGAUCUAUACACCAUGAAAACUGCACACAUUGAAUGUCCAAACAGGGUGUACACGUACGCACACGUGCCAUUUAGGUAGACGUACAUUUAAUGAAAUCGAUUCACAGACACGUAUGGAACAAAUUAGUUUGUGGAAACAAACAAUGUCUAAAGGUAAAAGCUUUAGUAGUCCAUCUCUUAUAGUCCGUGUUAUCUGUUCCCCUAUCAAAGAUUUCCCCAUGAUGUAUCAAAUGAUGAAUUGGUAUAUUUCAAGAAUGUCACCAGGGAACGUACAGCAUUCUGAAGAACUGUAUGAUUUAGACAGGUCGAUCUAUAAAACAACUACACGCCUAAAUUAAAGCAAAGGGAAUCAAAAUGACACAUACAACUUUCAAGAAUCACUGUAUGAUGAAGUAGACGUUAAUAAAUCAUUAAGUAAUUUAUCCAAAGCUAUCGAACAGAAUAUAAUAUUUUUUCGAAACUCAUAUGAAUGAAUAAGUCCUCAACAUGUA